UUAUCGCAACGUCUGUUACUUCUCUCUGUUUCUCUCUUCUCGUCGCCUCCUCCUCCUCCUCCUCUUCUUUCUUCUUCUUCUUCUUCUUCCAUUUUCCUCUCUAAAUCUCAUUUUAGGUUUCGAAAAAUCUAUCCAUAAAAUGAAGGAAUCGGAAGGAAAUCCUCUGCAUCUAAAGUCGAUCAACCACAUAUCGCUUCUUUGUAGAUCAGUGGAAGAAUCCAUUGAAUUUUACCAAAAUAUUUUAGGGUUUUUCCCCAUUCGUAGACCUGGAUCCUUCAAAUUCGAUGGCGCUUGGCUUUUCGGUUACGGCAUUGGAAUUCAUCUCUUGCAAUCGGAAAAACCUGAGAAUUUGCCAAAAAAAGGCGAGAUUAAUCCCAAGGAUAAUCACAUAUCAUUUCAGUGUGAGAGCAUGGGAGCGGUAGAGAAGAAGCUAAAGGAAAUGGAGAUUGAUUACGUUCGAGCAGUAGUAGAGGAAGGAGGAAUACAAGUUGAUCAGUUAUUUUUCCACGAUCCAGAUGGAUUUAUGAUUGAAAUAUGCAACUGUGAUAAUCUACCGGUGAUUCCAUUAGGUGGGGAGGUGUCAAGAUCAUGUUCGCAGUUGAAUCUUCAGAUAAUGCAGCAGCAACAGCAGAUACACCAACUCGUUUAGCACUAUCAUGGUAUUCGUAUCAUCAUCAUCAUCACUUGCUCUCUCUGUAUAAUGAUGACCAAGAAUCCAUUAAGAAAUAUGAAUCUAUUUUUGUUGUAAUUGUUGUUGUUAUUAUUCGAAGGUGUUUUGAAAUUUUAAAAAAUGUACCUUUGCUUUGCUUGUCUUCUUUUGUUUAGGAGAUAAGGUGGACAUGUCAGCAUUUUGGGACUUUGUUAUAUCAUAUGAAUAAGUACUUAUUGUUGUUGUGUUCGUAAUCAAUGCUACUACUACAAUUUUUACCUA